CCGACUUGCUAACUGGUUGAACGCGGCACGUGUAUAACGAGGCUACAACCAGUUAGCAAGUCGGGCAUUUCAGUUUCCUAGUUCCGACAGGGCCGUGAACGCGGCUAGACAGACCUGUGCGCGCGGCCUGUCGCUACUUACUACGUAGGCACAGUUUAAACUCUGUACUGUCUUUGACGUGGGUGUCGUUUGCCUGCAAGUGGCUUUCACUGUAAAAACAUGGCGAGGCUUAGCGAGCAUGGGAUUCGCCUCAGUUCCAUGAGUCCGUCCUUCCUGAAUAGUAAUUCAACAAGUCAUACGUGGCCUUUCAGCGCAGUUGCAGAACUAAUAGAUAAUGCAUCAGACCCGGGCGUGACAGCCAGGCAGAUCUGGAUAGAUGUGGUGGAGGAGCAGCAGCAGCUUUGUCUGGCCUUCACUGACAACGGCAGCGGUAUGACCCCCAGCAAACUGCACAAGAUGCUCAGUUUUGGUUUCACAGAGAAAGGUACUGGUAAGGGCAGCCACCUGGCCAUCGGUGUCUAUGGAAAUGGCUUUAAGUCUGGCUCCAUGCGUCUGGGUCGUGACGCUCUGAUCUUCACUAAGAACGGAGGCUGUCUGACUGUCGGCAUGCUGUCUCAGAGCUACCUACAGGCUAUAAAGGCACAGGCUGUCAUCGUCCCCAUAGUGCCCUUCAACCAACAGACCAAGGUGCUGGUAGUGACUGAGGACUCUGAGGCCAGUCUGAAUGCCAUCCUGACCCACUCUCUGAUCCACACACAGCAGGAGCUGCUGAAGCACUUUGACUCCAUCCUCUCCAAGAAGGGCACCAAGAUCCUCAUCUGGAACAUACGCAGGAACAAAGAUGGUAAGCCGGAGCUGGAUUUCGAGACAGAUGAAUUUGACAUCCGGAUGCCAGAGAUCCACUCAGAGGAGACCAAGACUAGAGGCAGGAAGAAGAGCUUCCCUGGACCGCAGAGGACUGACCACACCAUCCCAGAGAUGGACUACUCCCUGAGAGCCUACCUCAGCAUCUUGUACCUGAAGCCUCGGACUCAGAUCAUCCUGCGACAGAAGAAGGUUCAGACCAAGCUGGUCGCCAAGAGCCUGUCGCAGAUCGAGAACGACGUUUAUAAACCCCAAUUCAAUAAAGACAGGGUUAAGGUCACCUUUGGGUUCAACCGUAAGAACAGAGACCACUAUGGCAUCAUGAUGUACCACAAGAACCGCCUCAUCAAGUCCUAUGAGAAGGUUGGCUACCAGAUCAAGUCGUCAGGUCAGAGGGCAGGGGUCGGGGUUAUUGGGGUCAUUGAGUGCAACUUCCUGAAGCCGGCUCACAACAAGCAAGACUUUGAAUACACCAAAGAGUACAGGUUAACCCUGUCUUCCCUGGGGCUGAAGCUCAACGACUACUGGAAUGAGAUGAUGGAGAAAAGGGCGAGAGAACGAGAGUUCCUGGCAGCGGAGAAGAGGAAUGAAGAGGACGAUGAGGAGGAGGAAGAGGAGGAGGAGGAGGAGAGUCCAGUGUGGCUGCAGUGUGAGGACUGUCUGAAGUGGAGGCGUGUCCCACAAGGCCACUACAGCUCCAUCCCUGAACACUGGAACUGCAGCCAGAACCCCAACACCAUGCUCAGGAGCUGCUCUUUGCCAGAGGAAGCAGAGGAGAGUGAAGAAGAGUUAACGCCAAGCUACCAGAAGAAGACCUACAAGAAGGACCAAGGCCUGGUCAGAAAACGAGGCCGUCCACGGAAGCACCAUGUCCUCCCCCAAGGCCUGUCAGAGCCAGUCCUCCUCCGCCCUCUACCCCGUGAUGCCCCCCUCCCUCUGCCUGAGCCGGUCCUCCUCCGCCCCCUACCCCCUGAUGCCCCCCUCCCUCUGUCUGAGCCAGUCCUCCUCCGCCCUCUACCCCGUGAUGCCCCCCUCCCUCUGCCUGAGCCGGUCCUCCUCCGCCCCCUACCCCCUGAUGCCCCCCUCCCUCUGCCUGAGCCGGUCCUCCUCCGCCCCCUACCCCCUUAUGCCCCCCUCCAUCUGCUCACAGAGGAGACUGAGGACAGCGAGCUGAAUAAGACAGUGGCUACACUGGUGGCCACUUUAGAGGAUGAAGAGGACAACAUGGCACAGUCCAAGUCUGGGUCAGACGCAUGCGCACCCACACGCGCAUGCAAACGCACAUACAGCAGAAAUAAGCGGAAGUCAAUAUGGCCGCCCAGGGACAUGGAAAAGAGACCAUGGGCGGGGCCACACCCGUUCGCAGACGAGAUCCAAGAGGUGCAACAACCUGGGAAAGACGGCCACGAACCACAGACACUGACUGGGCUGACAGACAAGACCAAGGGGGAGAAGGAACCACUCGGGGCCACCAGAGUAGGCCCUUCCCAGCCCAGCUCCAGCCUUGCCUGGCCUCCCUCCCUCCCCUCAGCCCAGACGGUGGUGGUGUCCCCUCUGAGUCGUCCGGAGGGUCCCUGGCCCCGGGCUCUGACCCUGGAGGGGGCUGGGUCAGACAGGGGAGCCCUGGUCCAGAGACUGGCCGGACUGGAGAAGGAGGCUCAGAGGCUGAGGAGGAUACUGGGUUCCAAUGCACCCCCAGCAACUCAGGACACCGUGGUGAUGACAGAGGCUCCCUCUGGGGAUAAGGCAUCUGGUGGGGCGGGGGCGGAGACAACUGUGGCCGUAGUAACCAAACUGGACCAAAUGGAGUGUGAGAGCUCAGCAUCCCCUGGCAGACCAGUGGUUCCAGGGCUAGUUGUGGAGGACGUCCAGCCCCAGAGAGAGCAGCCUGAGCUGGGCAGACUGAGGAGGGAGAAGGCUGACCCCCAGAGCAGGCUGAGACAGAUUGACAGCCCAGUGCCCAGGGACCAGAGCUCCCGCAUUGUGCAGGAGAACCUCCACAAAAUCCGAGGUAACGUGGUGGCUCUGCUGUCAGCCAUCCUGCCCCACCUGGACCUGCAGGGCAUCAGCCUGGACACGCCAGACGUAGACAGCAUCCUGCAGCAGAUCAUAGACGCCAACUCACUGUCUCCACUCUAGAACCCACUCUCAGUGCUAUAGAACUCACUCUGUAUUCUAGAACUCACUCUCGUCACUCUAGAACCCACUCUCAGUGCUAUAGAACUCACUCUGCAUUCUAGAACUCACUCUCGUCACUCUAGAACCCACUCUCAGUGCUCUAGAACUCACUCUGCACUCUAGAACUCACUCUAGAACCCACUCUCAGUGCUCUAGAACCCGCUCUCUGCACUCUAGAACUCACUCUCAGCCCUCAAGAACUCACUCUCAGUACUCUAGAACUCACUCUGCAGUCUAGAACUCACUCUCAUCACUCUAGAACCCACUCAGUGCUCUAGAACUCACUCUCAGCCCUCUAGAACCCACUCUCAGUGCUAUAGAACUCACUCUGCACUCGAACUCACUCUCUUCACUCUAGAGCCUACUCUCAGUGCUCUAAACUCACUCUCAUCACUAGUACUUAUUCUCACCACUGACUCACAUUGUAUUUUUUCAUACCACAACACAUUAUCCACACACUGACUCACAUUGUAACGGCUGACCCUCCAAUAGCCCUACUGACUGUCACAUUGCAUUAUCUCCACUGACUAUCACAUUGUAAAUACGUUAUCCCCAAUUGACCCUGCCUCAUUUCAGAUGCGUUAUACUGUACUUGCUGCGUGUGAGAUGUUGUUGAAAAGUUGUAAUACUGUACUCAGAUCAGCUUGCUAUGCUGUUAUGUUGUACCUUCGCCAUAUGUAAAGGAUCCAUAUAGGUUACCAGCAGUCUCUGCUUCAUUCAUCAUCAUGUGUUAUUACUUGUCAAUCAGAGACCCUGGCUUGUGUGAGAGAAGCUGAGAAGCAUAUUACUGUUUGUUUUUCAUCAUUGCUAUUGUUUUUAAUACGUUUGUUAAUUGUUUUGUCAUUUUAAUAUAUGAAAAUGUGCCAUGAAAAAUUCAAAAUACUGUAAGGGCUGGAUUUAACCAACCCUGUCAUUACAAUGUUUUAGCGUUUUACCGUUUGUUUUCUUGCAUAUCUUUUUAAAGAAAAUCAACCAGA